GGCGCGGCGCUCUCCCGGCCCGGUUCCGGUUGGGGUGCCGUGACGGAGUCGCGGUGCGAGUGUUUCUGUGGCCAUGGCCUGCGCCGCCGCGCGGUCCCCGGCCGACCAGGACAGGUUCAUCUGCAUCUACCCCGCGUACCUGAACAACAAGAAGACCAUCGCGGAGGGGAGGCGGAUCCCCAUCAGCAAGGCUGUUGAAAAUCCUACAGCUACAGAAAUUCAAGAUGUGUGCUCAGCAGUUGGACUUAAUGUGUUUCUUGAGAAAAAUAAAAUGUACUCUAGAGAAUGGAAUCGUGAUGUUCAGUACAGAGGCAGAGUCCGGGUCCAGCUCAAACAGGAAGAUGGCAGCCUUUGUCUUGUGCAGUUCCCAUCACGUAAGUCAGUAAUGCUGUAUGUGGCAGAAAUGAUACCUAAACUGAAAACAAGGACGCAAAAAGCAGGAGGCGGUGACCCAAGCCUUCAACAAGGAGAGGGAAGUAAAAAAGGAAAAGGAAAGAAGAAGAAGUGACCUGGUGUGAGUUCAAGUACGUGACGCCACCGAAAGGGCCACGAGUUGGAAGCUUCUAACUUGAACCUGAGGGGAAUAAGCUUUUUGCCUGCAUCAUUUAAUGGAACUGUGAGCAUCAGUGCCUCCAUCUUCAUCAUCAAACUUGACAUUGAAAUAAGCGUACGUUGGAAGUUUGUAUCUAGUUUUUAUGCAGUGUACAAGAAAGAAUUUUUUGUCCUUCAAUGAAAAUUUUUUGUGGAAAGAAGAAUAUUUUUAAAUGGACAGUGGACUGUACCAUGAGUUACUUGAAAUCCUAUAUUCCUUUGUCCUCUGUGUAAACGUGUUUCAGGAGGUUUAGUAAGAUCUGAAGUACAUUUUGUUCAUCUUUUAAGUUAAUGAAUAAAAUGUUAAGCUGA